AUGAUUUCUUUUCUUAUUCUUCUAGUUUCCUCAGUCCAAGGCCAACUAGACUGCCAAACCUGCAUGGUUGCCGCUCAAACUCUUCAAUACCUCUUAUCAAAUUCUCAAGUCCAGUCAUCUUUUAAGAGCUAUGUGGCUGAGUUCUGCAGCUAUUCAUCAACCCCAACAGACUGUAACUCUAUUGGAGCAGUAGGAAUUCAAGAAGUCACUGAUGUUUUGCAACGAAGAAUUGUCAACCCAACCUAUCUUUGUUCUGGACUUGGAAUAUGCUCGUCAGCUUCAUAUGUUCCUGAAGACUUUGACAUUUGGGCACAAAAAAUAUUAUUCAAUACUCCUGCACAUCAGAUCCCUGUUAGAACUACCAGCUAUUUGUAUUUUGCGCAGAUCUCAGAUGUAAGGCUUGAUUUGAACUAUUUUUCAGGGAAGUCGAAUACCUGCUCAUCUGGCCCGUGCUGUCGAGAGGGGACACCUACAAGCACUAGUCAAAUUGCAGGUACUUAUGGAGACUAUAACUGUGAUUUACCAUUGUCUACUUUCAGAAUGGCGCUUGAUUCUAUACUAGCUAGCAAGCCAAGCUUCAUUAUUUGGAACGGUAAUAGUGUUACUCAUGAUCUAACCUUAUCCAUAACUGACCGGCUUAAUACGAUAAAAACAGCUACCCAAGAAAUUUUAAACAAGUUUGACUCCUUCCUUUACCCAGUUUUCCCUAUUUUUGGGCCUUUGGAUUGCUAUCCUGAGCAUCAGUAUGAUUUUUCUGAUGAAGCCACUCUUUUGAAAGGCCUUACAAGCUUAUGGUCUAUAUGGCUUGGAAAACAAGCAGCAGCUCAGUUUUCCACAAAUGGGACAUAUUCAGUUCAAUAUAAAAAUACAAAUUUGAGGAUAAUUGGGUUAAACACGAUGUCAUGCGAUAUAAAUAAUUUUUAUUUGUUUGCAAAUGUCACGGACCCAAGUGGGUAUAUUUAUUGGUUGAAUAAUGAGCUAGAAAGUGCAGAGGUUAAUGGAUAUAAAGUUUAUAUCAUAGGAAACAUCGCUCCAGGCUCAAGCUCAUGUGUGAACAGCUGGAGCAAACAUUAUUCAGUAUUAAUGGAAAGAUACCAGAACACUGUUAUGGGACAAUUUUUCGGGAACCAAAAUAAAGACCAGUUCAGAAUUAAUACAGGCUAUUUUUCAGGGAAGCCAACAGGAAUCCAAUUUACAGCCCCAUCGUUAUCUCCAUAUAAGAAUACAAACCCGUCUUAUAGAAUAUAUCAGUCUGAUAAUCUGUCUAAAGUGGUAUUAAACUACGUCCAAUACAGGCUUGAUUUAUCAGAAAUUGCCCCUUCUUUUUCAGAAGCUUAUGAUUUCUUAAGCUAUUAUAGAACUGAUGAUAUGCUACCGGCUACAAUUUUUGAACUUGCCACAGAAAUGAAAGGCCAAGAGCUGCUCAUGAUGAAAUAUGCAGCUAAUAGAUAUACAGAUGGGCCAGAUUCAUUGGUAGGAUGCAAUGAUCAAUGCAUCAAUGACCUUUAUUGUGAAAUUACGAAUGAUAGACAAGAAAAAGUUGAGGAGUGCCAAGGAGUAGGGCAGUCUUUUAAAGAAUUUGCACUGAAUACUCUUUAUGGAGAAUGGACUUAUUUGGUGAAGAGCUCAUAA